GCAAGCGCAAGGGUCCGGGGGGAUAACUCUCCAGAUGUGAGAUUUCGAGGGGUGGGAGUGGCAGUGUUGUCCGCCCUACGAGCGCCAUCUGUACGGUCAUCAGUCAAGAAACUGCCACAGCAAACAGCGAAACAUGAAGAUGGACAGUGUCAGCCGUUGCUACAAUUUGAUUUGGCUCAGAAUGCUUUUGAUGUGCGUUAUCUUCUGUGUAGUGAGAGUUCAAGCACAAUAUUUACGAAAACAAUGUAGAUGCCCUAACAUUAAGUGUUUAUUUACACUCAGGCAAGAAAAGGAACUUAAACACAAAGCAAUUUGGAAAGAAAAUGUAGCAGUUGGCAAACCGGCGAAAAUAAGUACAACUUACGAAGAGGAUAAUGAUAAAUCUGGGCCAGCUUGUCUUGCUGUUGAUGGAUCAAGGGACACUAAAUAUACUAGCAAGGGAAGCAAAAGUGUUAGCUGUGUAAAAAGUGCCAAGGGUGACAACGCUCCGUCCUGGGAGGUCAAUUUAAACAACAAGAGCGUUAUUAAUCACAUCAUGAUUUUUUGGAAUGAAGCGACUAAGGACCAGAACGCAGGCGCCAUCCUGCAAGUGAACGGCGAGCAGUGCUCCGUAUUCAACAAGAUAGAAAGAAACCCGUCAGAAGCUUGGUGUAACACGACUGGUGGAAAUAUCAUUAUGAUAUCUCUGACGGGCGACAAAGUUGGAUCUGACAACUUUCUCCAGCUCUGCGAAGUUGAAGCAUGGGUUUGCUUUCCUGGAUUUUGGGGGAAAUACUGUAACGAUUCCUGCAGCAGGAACUGCAAGAAUAACAUAGUGUGCGAUCCCGUAACUGGAGAAUGUGUAACACCAAUUAAAAAACAACGUGAAGAAUGCAUAUUACCAACAAAAGCGGCGAUAUUUGCGGGCCUCUCUAUUCCAAUUGCGUUUAUCACCUUUACUAUAUGUCGGGUGACUGGUUGGUCACAAGAAGAAGAACCUCCGGCAGAGAAACCUGCAGAAGGAGAGGAAAAGGAAAAAGAGGGACAACAAGGGGAAGAAGGAGAAAAGGAAGGAGAAAAGGAAGGAGAAGGGGGGGAAGGGGGAGAAGAGGCAGCCUCAGACGCAGGCUCAGAUGAUGAGGGAGAUUGAACUCGCCUUACAAAAGCGCUUCGUGCUUGCCAUGUGUACAUUGUGUCAACUAUAUAAUAAAAACUGACAGUCUCCAUCAGGUUCUCAUUAUUUAGUUGUACACAGAGCUUUCGGAGCUAUUUUGGUUGUCAUUGUAAGUACAUUUUGAUAGACGCUACACACUAUAACAAUAUUUUCAACUUACGUUUUCGGUUGCACACACAAAGGACUGGUGUAUGCUGCUGCUUAUAAGAGACACAUUUGCUUUAGACAAAUGGAUUAUUUUAAUAGCUUUAAGCUUCUCCAGGUUAUAUAUAUAUAACAGGAUUAAGCGCAAAAAAAUUCGCCAGUUGCGGUUGCAUUGUGGUAUUCGAAAGUUUUGCAUUUUCAAUUAAUGUUGCUUUUAUGUUGAUGAAGUCGUUGCAUCUGAUGA